CCUCUAACUAAACAUUCGCGGAACUUCAAAGCUUCCACAAAGCUCGAGUGUGGAUUUGUCCUCGCAAAACCGGUUUACAUAAACCGCAGCAGGAAAACGGGUGCUGAUCUGGUGGGUACAUGCUUCCCCGUUUCUCAUCUGGGUUCUGAGAAGUCAGUCUGAAAACUACAAGUCGGUGCUCGAGGACACGGCUGCCUUUCGGCUAAAUUACACCAAACUACCACAUUUUCUUCAUUACAAGAUCUGGCCACUAUAUGAAGAGUCACAGAAUGUUCUGGAUGCUUUUGUUAAUAUUCACCAUAUCUGAAAUGAUUAAUGGAUGUAGUACCAAAGGAAAUCAGAUUGACAGAUGUCCUCGAGGUGACUGUAAGACAUUUGCCCUUGAAGGGGAGCAUGCCCGUUUAAGUUGUGGACUGUGUAAUGCAUCUACUCCUCUUGCCAUGAGUGACCUUGAAACACAUGGAUUUACAAUUACUUGGUUUAAGGUCAUUCACGAAAAUGGCCUUGUGGAACCUUUAGGCAAAACAGGCAGAAUUGUUGUUGAAGGACUCACACUAGGAUUUUGGCCUGCAAUUGUCAAUGACAAUGGAGGAUAUUUUUGUUCUCUCUUCAAUGGAACUCACAAUAUUACAGGUCCAGACGAGAAUUUGGAUGUUACACCAAUCAAUGAAGGAUGUUACAGUGAAGAAAUAACAUAUGAUCGUAAUGGAGUAAUUGGAUCAUCUAUUGAGUUGUAUUGUCCAUGCAUGGAAAAGUACAAGAAUAAUAUAGAAGAUUUGAAAUGGUAUAAGGAUUGUCAGGAGAAUAUUCACACAGGAUCAUCACUUGUGAUUAACAUUCAAGGAAAAGAAAAUGCUGGAUAUUACACUUGUAAACUUACAUUUGAACAUUUUGGAGUACAGUAUGAUGUUACAAGGACAUUAUCGUUGAUGCUAAAAGAACUUCCUGUUGAACCAAAGUUAAUUUACCCAUAUCAAGAACGUAUUGAAGUUGUUCUAGGCGAAAAUAGAACAGUUAAUUGCACAGCUGUUCUUGGCAUUGAAAAGGAGCUGAUGUCGCUAAAUUGGAAUCUUGGUAAUUCCUCUGUGACUAGAUGUAACCAAACUCAGUCUGUGUGUAAAGAUUCUAUGAGAGAGGAAACUAAAGACAACAGAAUAUAUAUUAAACGUCCGUUGGUAUUUACUCAAAUUAAAGAAGAGCAUCUGAAUCAAACCUUUAUCUGUGUUUUACAAACUUCCAAACACACGAUUUCUGGAUACAUCAUUCUCCAGAAAAAAGGCAAGAGUGAUGUUCAUGGAGUUGUUCGAUUACUAAUUUUCAUUAUUGUUGUGCUCAUCAUUAUGGCAAUUGUAUGUGUACGUUUCAAUGUAGAAAUUGCCCUUUGCUUCAGGAAUCUCACUGGUAAAGAUGAAACUCUCGAAGACGGUAAGGAAUAUGAUGCCUACGUGUUGCUCCUUAUGAGUAAUGAAACCCUCCUCAGUGCUGAGGAAGAACAACAAUUUACUUUAGAAUUGUUACCUGCAAUUCUAGAAAAACAAUUUGGUUACCGACUCUGUAUACUUGAACGUGAUGUUCCUCCAGGAGGUUCUGCAGAUGACAUACUUUUUUAUAUAAACAAAUGCCGAAGAUUGAUUAUAAUACUCAGUAAAGAAUGUGUAGAAGAUGAGUACAGCUACGCGUAUGAACUUAUGACUGGACUGCAUCAAGUAUUAGUUGAAAGAAAAAUAAAACCAAUUCUUAUUGAACUUAAACCUAUAAAAAGCACUGAGUUACUACCAGAGUCACUUAAACUUGUUCUGAAGUCAAAAAGAACUGUGAAAUGGAAAGGAAAUAAAUCGGUCUUCAAGCAUUCAUAUUUCUGGAAGAAGGUGCGAUACUUGAUGCCAGCAAAUGGUGGCCAACGAACAAAAAAUUUACAACGGUUCUGUGAAACAAAGUCUGACUCAAACAUGCCUCUAUCACGUACCAUGAACUAACCACUGAAGAUAGCAUCAAACUGAAGAAGCCUUUCACUUGUAAUUCUGGUAGAUGCCUGAAUAACCUUGGAAUAGCAUGCAGUGUCUGCUGUCUGAUAUAUGUACAGUUACACUUAACCUGACGUUUUAAUUUGUUAUAACUUUGUGAAUCACAAAAUGCUGAUCUGAAUUCUCCUAUCUCUAAAAUGUUUCAGUGACCUCGCUGCAAAAGGGGAACAUAUGCCGAUUGCAUUCAGUGGGCACCACACACACACAUCGUAGAAAAUUUAACUCCUGCCAGAAAUGAGCAUG